UGUUGUUAAAGAGAGGCAGAGCGACGCGUCUGCUCUCAUGACUCUCAUCUAUUCUCGGUGAAUCUUCGAGUUUUACCUCAGCAGAUCACCUAACUUUAUGAGAGGUGAAGAGUUGUCAUGAAUACAUCAGUGUUUGCUUUAGCUUUCCUUCUGCAGAUUUACUGUCAAUGUAAUUGCCAAAAUGUGACAAGACCCAACAUUGUGAUGGUGAUGAGUGAUGCAUUUGAUGGUCGACUAUCCUUUGAUCCUGGCAGCAAAGUUGUUCAACUGCCUUACAUAAACUAUCUCAGGCAGCUCGGUUCCACUUUUCUGAAUGCCUACACCAACUCUCCAAUCUGCUGCCCUUCAAGAGCAGCCAUGUGGAGUGGCCAGUUUGUUCAUCUCACUCAAUCGUGGAACAACUUCAAGGGUUUAGACGCAAAUGCGACCACGUGGAUGGAUUUGCUGGAGAAGAAUGGAUAUCUUACCAAGAUGAUUGGCAAGCUGGAUUAUAUCUCAGGGAGUCACACCGUCAGCAACCGUGUUGAGGCGUGGACACGAGAUGUUCAGUUCCUCCUGCGCCAAGAGGGCCGGCCGGUUUCUGAACUUGUUGGGAACAAGUCGACUGUAAGAAUCAUGAAAAAAGACUGGCAAAACACAGAUAAGGCUACACAGUGGAUCCAUGAGACAGCUGCAUCCUCACACUUGCCCUUCGCUCUUUAUCUCGGCCUCAAUUUACCUCACCCCUAUCAAACUGAAUCUCUUGGGCCCACUGCGGGAGGAUCCACCUUCCGUACCUCACCAUACUGGCUUACAAAGGUGUCCUCUGAGCUAAUCUCUAUUCCCAAGUGGUUGCCUAUGGCUGCCAUGCACCCUGUUGACUACUAUUCCACCGUCACCAAAAACUGCAGCGGCGUUUUCACUGAGGAGGAAGUCAAAAGCAUUCGUGCUUUCUAUUAUGCCAUGUGUGCUGAAGCAGACGCCAUGCUGGGUCGUGUGAUUUCAGCUCUGAGAGACACUGGCCUGCUCAGCAACACAGUCAUCAUGUUUACAGCUGACCAUGGAGAGCUGGCCAUGGAGCACCGGCAGUUCUACAAAAUGUCGAUGUUUGAAGGCAGUUCCCAUGUUCCCCUGCUCAUCAUGGGGCCCGGGCUGAUGUCUGGUCUGCAGGUCAAGCAGCCUGUGUCUUUAGUUGAUGUCUAUCCCACUGUGCUGGACCUUGCUGGUAUAUCAGCAGUAGGUAAUCUAAGUGGCCACUCCCUCCUUCCUCUACUAUCGAAGUCCAGUACUUUUUCCAAGAAUCAGCAUCCACACUGGGUACUGAGUGAAUAUCAUGGCUGUAAUGUCAAUGCCUCUACAUACAUGCUGAGAAGGGGUCGGUGGAAAUACAUCACCUAUGCAGAUGGCACGAGUGUCCCCCCACAGCUUUUUGACCUUACACUAGACAAGGAGGAACUUCAUAAUGUGGUUCUCAAAUUCCCAGAUGUGCAGGCACAGCUGGAGAAGCUAUUGCGUAACAUUGUGGACUAUCCAAAAGUCUCCACUGCUGUCCAUGUCUACAAUAAAAAAGCGUUUGGUGCGUGGCGCAGUAGUUUGGGGACAAACUACAGCCAGGUCAUCGCUAACCUUAGGUGGCAUGUGGAUUGGCAAAAGGAUGUGUUAGCCAAUGAGGGAGCUAUAGACAAUUGGCUCAAUGGCACUUUGGCAUAAUUUUAGUUUACUGAGGGUCAAACUGCUGAGAUUGGUGUAUUUUUAGCGAGCUGGAAUCGUACUUUGAUUAAACUUGAACUUUUAGUCACACAUCUUCGACAAUGGAAGAGUCAUUGAUGGGCUCGCUGGCUUUUUAUCAUAUUUGCUGUAUGAGUUUGGGUGAAUAUUGUUUAAAAGGUAUACCUGGCAAAGUAGGUAAGUUCAACUUUUCAUUGAGUGUCUUUUUAAGGAAUAAAUAAAAUACCCUCAAAACAGUGCCUACGCAUUGCUUGAAAGGCAUUUGAUUUUUAAAAAAAAAAAAAAAAAACCAAAUGAUAAUACAGGCAUGCUCAUGAAAGUGGGCAUGUCAUUGCUACAAGUGACAUUGAAUUCCAGAAUCACAGUGGUAAGUGAAAUGACAGCACUCUGACACUGAAACUGUUAACCUAAGACAAAUCUGAAAACAAAUAGUCACAGUUUAAUUCCAGUUUGUUUUGUAAUGGGAUUUAGUUAUGGAUCACUAUUACUUAGAAUCACUUUUAUGCUUCUUUUGCCCUUUUAAAAAUAUUCAUUUUGUUAGUGUCUCAUUUUGCCAGUUGCUUGUUGCUCUGUGUCACUGUUGAAUGAGAAAAUCUUUUUGAGGAUGACAAAAUACAUGUCAUCUUAAAGGAAAUUUAAUUUGUGAAAUGGAUCAAAUGUAAUUUAUCUUAAAACUGUUACCACAUAAAAUUAAGCCAAGACAAGUCAGUAUAACCAUGUUACUGCUUGCACGCCAUCAAAAGCGCUAGUUUGCUGUUUGUAGCUGUUUUACUUAUUUUCCAUAAAGCCCUGGUUGAAUGUUUAACUUUUUUUUUCUUAUACCAGGGGCAAAGAAAUGCUACAUGCUUUUUAGUGGUGCACAUUGGUAUUUCAGUUGUGUUGCUGUACUUUCAUAGUGUGGUUAUUUAGGAAACAAAAUGUUAACACUACAUAUAUUUCUUGAGAAAAACAUUCGGUGCUCCAGUUUUGCCUGCAGCCCUUCUAAAAUGAUCUCAGGACAUCUUGUGUUUAAGACUGAGUCGACCGUUUUGUGUUUGAUUCCUAUUUAUAUUUUAGUUUUGUAUAGUGUAGUAGUAAGGGGUUUAAUAUUUGUGUAAUAGCAUCAGGUUGGUAGCUGAGGCAUGAUUUAUUAAAUCCUUUCAGAGUACAAAUUAUCAGAAAGUGUAAUAGUUUAGCAAUAGUCAGCCUAUAAUGAUGGAUUACAUCAAAGUGUCCUUUUAAUGUCUCCACCUCAACACAAACUUGCGGCACUUUGUCAGUGGGACUUUAUUUGUAAAGAUAAAAUAAAUAUAUUGUUCACGAUU